AUGAAGAAGAUGGAAAUCAUCAGGAUCAGAGCCAACUCUAUAAAUGCCUCAAAGAGAUAUCGUAGUAAUAGGAAUAGACUUCAGACUAUGCGGAAGGACUCAUUAAAUAAUACCGAAAAGAGCUCUGAGAUAAUUCCUAACUUUGGCCCAAGAUUUUUACAGAACAUGUAUAAUGCUGAUGCUGCCAAAGAUGAUAGUGAUGACUAUCCGUUUUCAAAGUACAGCACUAACAGAUAUGAGCAAGUGGUAAGACCUCAGGACAACAUAAGUGAAAGAAAUUUGGUCAGAAGAGUUAUUUUGAAAAAUACUUCACUAGAGAAUUCAACCAAUGAGAAGCUUACUGUCGGUAGCUCUUUGUACCAGAACAAGGAGAUAGCUGAGGAUAAUCCAACGAUCAGACUUCACAAGAUGAUUCUGUGUAAAUAAACUUGAAUCUAAAUAAAAAAUCAGAGAAAAUGGAAAAACUUGAACCAUAUUUUAAAUAGAGUAAGAACUCUAAUAUUUCUUAAUUAUCUCUAAAGACACCUUUUAUGGAGCCUUGAAAAUCCAAGGAUUGUCGGCCACAGUCAACACUUCCAGAGAACUCAUUCUUAAGAGAAAUGAGAGAGAAUGGGAGUCAAGAAAUGCCCUCAAUCAAGGAGAGACUCAAGCCAUCAACAUCUCAAAAUAAUCACCAAAGAUAUGUCAGAAGUUAUGUAGAUGGCAAAUUUAGCUUCAAAAGACAAAACUUGUUAAAGACCAAAGGACUGCUCCAGAAAUUGAAGAUUUCCCAUAUUGACCCAUCGAAGAUACAACCCGUAAGGUCUGAUUUGAGUAGAGAGAACACUUGUAGAACAGUUAGAAGAACUAUAAGCCAAAAUCGAGAUAUAAAAUCCCCAUAUGCUGAAAUUCGAACAAAAAUACUUUUACCAAAAUAGUUCAAACAAGAUUACACUUAAAUCCUCAACUAAAGGUUUCAAGAACUCUUUUUGAGAUAUUUCUUCAAUAUCUCCUACACCAGACCCAAGUAGGAAGUCUCCUAGCUGCUCUCUGAGCCUAAAAUCAACUCUAAAACCCAAAAAACUGAGUAAAACCCACAAAAACUUCCCUUCAGUCACCAGGCUCCCUGAAUCCCUCAAAUUCCCCAAAGAGGUACUCCUCCCUCAUCCUACCCCUAAACCCCACUCAACGAUCCACUCUCCAAGAUCUCUGACCAAAGUAACCCAAUCUCCAACUCACCUCCAGUAGAAACCCCAAAACAAAGUUAAUUUCCAAGCCAAAUCCUAUUAGAACAAAAUGAUUCCUUCAAUUUUA